GCCCAUAAAAGGGUGCAAGGCUGUCGAGAUGGUUAUUUGCGCCCAAACUUUUAAUAGAGACGUAUAACGGCGUUGCGCGCUCAGGUGCCAAAGCUUCCUGCAAUCAGGACCAUGGAGAGCUACAGUCUGAGGACGCGCAUGGCAGUGUGCGCGUUAUUUCUCUUCUUGUUGACCGGAGCCAGAGCGAACGACUCAGAGCCGGAUAUAGAAGUGGAACUGGACACAAGAGCCAUCAGAGACUUCUACCCCAAAGACCCAAACCUGACAAGUGAAAAACAGCUUCUCGGAGCUCUGCAAGAAGUUCUGGAAAAGCUGCAGACGAAACGAAUUCCUCCUUGGGAGAAGAAAUUUGGUCAAGUUCCCAUGUGUGAUUUGGGAGAGCAGUGCGCGAUCAGAAAAGGCUCUCGAAUCGGCAAGAUGUGCGACUGUCCGGGCGGGGCUUUCUGCAACUUUUUCUUGUUAAAGUGUUUGUGAUGGAAACACACAAUUCUGAAUGGAUUUUAAUGGGAUUGAAUCCAUAUGCAUUAUAUAUCAUAAAUAACUGCAAUUUUAUUUGUAUUAAUAUUUUUUUUAAGUGAAGAGACUGAAGACACUGAAGCAAAGUUGUAAAGAAAUUGUUCUUCAAAUAUUUUCGGCAUGUAAACAUGUGAUACUGUCAUACUUAAUGUUAAUCUGCUGUUUUGUGCA